UCACUUCACUGACUGAACUGUCAGCUUGUCUGUGGAGUAACUUUACCAACAGCCUGUCAACAGCUUCAAUACACAGAACAAAGGGACUUACAACAACUUAAAAGCCCUCUUAUAUCAGCCGUAACAGGGAUACUAGUUUUAAAUAUAUUCAUAUAAAAUAUAUUGACUUUUUUUUUCCUGGAGAGGAAACUUCCUGCAAACAUCCAUUGGUGACAGGAGUGAGAGUUUUCACUUAAUAAGAGGAAAGCGUGUUCCAGGAGUAAUAUAAGAGUAAUCACUACAUUUGUAAGAAAUAUUUUUGUAUUAAAUAUAUUUUUGUCUGUCUGUCACAGACAGGCUUCGAUUUUAGUUUUAACUAUGAUGGCGGGAUGCUGUCUGUCUGCUGAAGACAGGGAAUGUCAAAGGAUAAAUCAAGAAAUUGAACGACAGCUGCGUCGGGACAAAAAGGAUGCUCGCAGAGAGCUUAAAUUGCUUUUACUCGGCACUGGAGAAAGUGGCAAAAGCACUUUCAUCAAGCAGAUGAGAAUCAUCCAUGGGUCUGGAUACACGGAUGAAGACAAGAAGGACUACACCAAGCUGGUGUAUCAGAACAUAUUCACUGCCAUGCAGUCCAUGAUCAGGGCAAUGGAGGCUCUAAAGAUACAGUACAAGGAUGAACAGAACAUACAAAACGCACACAUGAUUGAUGAAGUUGAAGUUGACAAGGUGAUUACAUUAGAGACAAAACAUGUAGAAGCCGUCAGAAAGUUAUGGAAUGAUCCUGGAAUCCAGGAAUGCUAUGACAGAAGACGGGAAUAUCAGUUGUCUGAUUCAGCUAAAUAUUACCUUGGUGACUUAGACCGCAUUUCAGAUCCUUCAUAUUUGCCCACACAGCAGGACAUCCUACGCGUCAGAGUACCAACAACUGGAAUCAUAGAAUACCCCUUUGAUCUAGAAAAUGUCAUCUUCAGAAUGGUGGAUGUUGGAGGCCAGCGAUCGGAAAGAAGGAAGUGGAUUCACUGUUUUGAAAAUGUAACUUCCAUCAUUUUCUUAGUUGCACUCAGUGAAUAUGACCAAGUCUUAGCAGAAUGUGACAAUGAGAAUCGUAUGGAAGAGAGCAAAGCCCUGUUUAAGACUAUUAUCACUUACCCCUGGUUCCAGCAGUCUUCAGUCAUUCUGUUCUUAAAUAAAACAGAUAUCCUUGAAGAGAAGAUUAUUUACUCCCAUAUAGUGGAAUAUUUUCCUGAGUUUACUGGUCCCAAGCAAGAUUCUGAGGCUGCCAAAAAGUUCAUUUUGAGCAUGUACCGGGAACAAAAUUCAGAUAAAGAUAAAGCUAUCUAUUCUCAUUUCACAUGUGCCACAGACACAGAGAACAUUCGCUUUGUCUUUAUUGCUGUUAAGGAUACGAUCCUCCAGCAGAACCUCAAAGAGUUCAGCCUGGUGUAAAGUCACUGCUCUGGGCUGAGCCUUGUGAAGACAGAAGUAUAAAAUAUGCUCCUGCAGUUGUCGACUUAUUGCAAUCAUUUGCUGCGCUGUCACCAGAACACCAGUUGUCUUUGUUUUUGCAAAAUAAAGUUGAGAACAAUAUUGACUUCUGGAAGAAGAAAAACUCAAUCUGGUCUCUUGUGAGGGGUCUAAGUUUACUUUUUUAUCCUUUCUAAACUCAUUUUGUAAUGUAGGUAUAUUGUUCAAUAUUGAAAAUAUAAGUAUAAAAACUGAAAACAAAUGCAAAACUUUUACUUUGCUUUUUACUUAAGAGCUGAAGCCAAAUAUUCUUUCUAAAGUGAGGAAGAACUCAGUUGCUCUGUAAUUUUGUAGAAUUUCCUCUUUUUGAAAAAAAAAUAGCAAAAAUGCUUGAGAAGGACAGACAUGUAUAAAGAUGACCUCUUCUUGGUCAAUUAACUGUGAGUAGAAUUAUGAAAGUAAUGUAAUUUUAUGAAGUCCUAAAGACUGAUUAGUUAUUGAAACGAAAUACAAAGUUUUAGUUUACAAAACACUCCUUAUUGUUUUGGUGAGCUGGUUUUCCUAACUUUGGUAUGUAGGAAUAUUUAUGUUUAUUUAUAUGUACAAUAUAUAUUUAAAUGCCUCAAAGCAUAAACACCAUCAAACUUUAAGCUGUUUCCAAAUAAUACCAUCAAUUCUGUGCAAAGAAGUAUCUGGUGCAGAAAUGGCCAAUACAACUGCAAAGGUCUGAGGAUCUGAUGGGCAACCCUCUGCAAGAAUACGACAUUAAAAAAAUAUUAUUUUUAAUAAUAAUAAUAGGUUAGUGUGAAAACCUGCUCCAUUGUGCUAUCAACAACAACAAAAAAUAAGUAGAGGGUAAUUCUAUGCUAGAAUAUACAGUAAACAAACAAUGUUUGAAGAAAACUUCACAGACCAAACUCAGUUCUACUCUACCCUUCCCACCUUCCAUUAUGAAAUUAACCUCCCCUGCAUAAAAUAAUGAAUUGAUCUGUAGGUACAGUUCUUUCCACUUUGAGGAAGACACAUUUUAGUCAUGUUCAUAUUACCCUGACUCAUUAAUGAUGUUGCAUUUUAAUGGCAAAUCUCUUAUAAUUUUUGCUCAGUGCAGAACAUUUUUUACAGAUGUGGAAAGUAAAAAAAUAUUUGAUUGAUAUUUGGAUCUGUUGUCGAUAGUGGGCUUAAUAAAAAUAUUAUUAGAAUUCUUCAGAAAAAUAAUAACAAUAACUCAAAAUUUAAUGGCAGCUGUUUUUUGUACUAAAUCAGUAAUUACACAGGAGAUUGGAUUAGUGUUUGGUUGGGGUAAGGGUAAUUCAGCACUGCUCCUCGGCAACCAAAUUUUUGUUGUACGCAAGAUCUUAAUCAAUAUCUUAAUUAACCGCCAUUUAAGAUGUUUUUAGUUGUUCAAGACUUAAAAAUUGAGGUGGGGCGCAGAAAGGUAAUACUUUCACUUCCAAUAAGAUCCUAAAUCAGCAUUUUUCUGGUGAACUCCUUUUACCAUUGAACAGAAAAUACUGGAAAAUUAUCUACUGUGUUUUAUUACAGAUCUUCACUUUUUUCUAUUAUGACGGUGUAUUCCAGUAUAGUUUACAAAUACAUGAAAACUCCUUAAUAUCUGUUAAAGGAACUCAGGGUAGAAAGUAUAAAAUUGACAUGUUGUUGGGAGCUUGCGUCUACUUACUGUGGUUGUCUUAAUGUCUGUUUUCUGAAUGUUAAUUUAGGCACAUUCCAGUGGAUAAAUGGGAACUGUUUAAAAAGAUUAACCUCAGAAUCUGCAAAAAAAUGUUAUGGUACCAAAUAAUAGCUUACACUUUGUGUGAAAAGAGACUUUAAUGAUGCAAUUUCUGUAAACAGUAGUAUGCUGUUUCUAUUUCAGAUGUAAAUAUGUAUUUCUAUAUAUACUGUAUUGCAUUAAAUUGUCUAGAUUCUUGAAAUACUAUUAGUUCUAAAUUAAUUUGUAUAUUACUAUAUUGUCAUCUGAUACAGUUCUUUACCGAAGUAUGAUGUACUGUACAUUGACUCGUUUCUUAAAUGUGGACAAGAGGACUAUUUUGCAAUUGCAAUUUUGAGAAUAAAAUGCUAUUUUCUGAUACUGAUCUCAACUGUCUCAACUGUGAAAUGGUCAUUCUAUACCUUUACAGUAAAAUGAUAAAACAUGA